CUUUGUCACAGCUGGAUUCCCCGUUUUUUGCUUCUCCGCCCAGGCUUCCCGCCAUCUCCGACACCGUUUUCCAAUCCUUUUUUUUCCUUUCUUUCCGUGUGGCCCUCAGUUUGUAAAUACUCGCAACCUCACGCGACCAACUCGUUCUUGUAGCUGGUACGGGCGCUUGCAUCGUUUAUUGGAAACACUCAACAAGCAUGGACGACGGCACCCACUGGGACGUUACAACUUCUCAACCUGCCAAGGGCCGCCUAUGGCUCAAGGUGGUGGAAGCACGCAACUUACUUGUGCAGUCGACUGCCGUUUCCCGUCCGUAUUGUGUGGUCGAGUUUGAGAAGAAUGAGUUUGUGACUCGGGAGGGGAGUUGGGAGGGCCGCGCGAAAGAGGGCAAGGGAGGUGUUGUUAGAAGUGAUUCGGGAUACAUGGUGGACGGUGGUGAUGCGAUGGACUUGGGAAGUGGAGGGGGAGAGUCUGGUGAUAGAGUUAUUUAUUCGGUCUGGAAGCAUGAGGCGACCUUUGAUGUUUCUCGUCCUGAUGGCGAAGUUACCAUCACUAUUUGGGACCGAGCGGGAGCGGUCCCUGGAGAGGGUGAAGGAUUCUUGGGAAUGAUGAAAAUCCGACCAUCCAGAAUCAAUGGCAAAUUGCAUGACAACUGGUUCAGGUUGUUACCUCGUCAGUGGAAGGAAAAGGUGAAGGGGGAAAUCCGCAUACAAAUGAUGUAUCGGACGAUUCCGGCAAGGGCUCUCACAGCUGCCGACUUUGAGCUGCUUAAGGUCGUUGGUAAGGGAAGUUUCGGCAAGGUUCUUCAAGUCCGUAAGAAAGACACUGGUCGUAUCUAUGCAAUGAAAGUCCUCGUGAAGAAGGACAUUGUUGAACGACAAGAAAUCGCUCACACCCUUUCCGAACGCAAUGUCCUCAUUCAAGCCACAUCACCUUUCCUCGUCGGCCUCAAAUUCUCCUUUCAAACUCCGGAAAAACUCUAUCUCGUCCUUGACUAUAUGAACGGCGGUGAACUUUUCUAUCAUUUGCAAAAGGAGACCGCUUUUAGUGAGGAACGGGCAAAGUUCUAUACCUGUGAGCUGGUGCUAGCACUGGAACAUCUGCACAAGUAUAAUAUUGUGUACAGAGACCUAAAGCCGGAGAACAUCCUCCUGGAUAGUACAGGCCACAUAGCAUUGACGGACUUUGGUCUGUGCAAAGAAAACCUCUCCUUCAAUGACACAACAAAUACGUUCUGUGGAACUGCCGAGUAUCUGGCGCCAGAGGUCCUAACAGGACAGGGUUAUGGCAAAGCUGUUGAUUGGUGGUCACUUGGAAUCCUCUUCUAUGAAAUGACCACGGGUCUGCCCCCGUUCUAUUCGGAAAACACCAACCUCAUGUAUAAAAAGAUUCUGCACAAUCAACUGCUAUUCCCACCAGGAUUUUCAGAAAAGGCACAAUCAUUGGUUCGAGGGCUUCUUGAACGUGACCCUCGAAAACGAUUAGGAGGUGGCCCGGAAGACGCUGCCGAAAUUCGAAGACACCCCUUCUUUUCCAAUAUCGAAUGGGAUAAACUACUCAAAAAGCAAGUUACACCUCCCUUUAAACCAAAGGUCGAGUCCGAAACGGAUACAUCAAACUUUGAUCCUGCAUUCACGGAUUCAAUCCCGGUCGACUCGUUGCCGAGCAAUUCAGCGCCUCUGUCGGAAACGGUUCAAGAGAAUUUCAGAGGGUUUACAUAUAUCGAGGAGGGCUCGCUUGCAGCCAGCGCAAAUGCGCAUCCAACGUAUUAUAUGUCAUCAGUGGCUGAGUAGGGGUUUUAAGUGGGACAAUUUGUAUAUGUAUUGAUCUGUGUUUACUGAUCGGGCUAUUUUAUUAUGAAUCUCAUUUAUUCACUCAAAUGUCCCAAC